UCAUGAGAGGACACUACUAAUUGUCAUACCCGAUACAGACACCACCCCAGAAUCCAACAACAGCGUGUACACAUCCUUCAUGAAGUCCCAUCGCUGCUAUGACCUGAUUCCCACAAGCUCCAAACUGGUUGUCUUUGACACUUCUCUGCAGGUUAAGAAAGCUUUCUUUGCACUAGUGACUAAUGGCGUGCGAGCUGCCCCUUUGUGGGACAGUAAGAAGCAGAGUUUUGUGGGCAUGCUGACCAUCACUGACUUCAUCAAUAUCCUGCACCGCUACUAUAAGUCAGCCUUGGUCCAAAUCUAUGAACUAGAAGAACACAAGAUAGAAACGUGGAGAGAGGUGUACUUACAAGAUUCCUUUAAGCCACUCGUCUGCAUUUCUCCUAAUGCCAGCUUGUUCGAUGCUGUCUCUUCGCUAAUUCGAAACAAGAUCCACAGGCUGCCAGUUAUUGACCCGGAGUCAGGCAACACUUUAUACAUCCUCACCCACAAGCGCAUCCUCAAGUUCCUCAAACUGUUUAUCACUGAGUUCCCCAAGCCAGAAUUCAUGUCCAAGUCUCUGCAGGAGCUGCAGAUUGGCACCUAUGCCAAUAUCGCCAUGGUCCGCACCAGCACGCCAGUCUAUGUAGCCCUGGGCAUCUUUGUCCAGCAUCGAGUCUCAGCCCUGCCAGUGGUAGACGAGAAAGGGCGUGUGGUGGACAUCUACUCCAAGUUUGAUGUUAUCAAUCUGGCAGCAGAAAAGACCUACAAUAACCUGGAUGUGUCUGUGACCAAAGCCCUGCAGCAUCGGUCACACUACUUCGAGGGUGUCCUCAAGUGCUACCUGCAUGAGACCCUGGAGACCAUCAUCAACAGGCUGGUGGAAGCGGAGGUUCACCGACUUGUGGUGGUGGAUGAGCAUGAUGUGGUCAAGGGCAUCGUGUCGCUGUCCGACAUCCUGCAGGCUCUGGUGCUCACGGGAGGAGAGAAGCCCUGAGCUGGGGGCCCUCAGGCAGCAGCAGGGGGAUACACCUGUUCACGGCCUGCCAGAAGCUCUCGGGAGCAGGGAACCCUGGACAGUGAGGACUGGCCACUGCUCAGGGGUCCCCGGCCCUCCUGCUUGGGAGCCGGGGAGCUGAGGAGGGAAGAGGGCUGAGGGACUGUGGCUGCCUCACCUCACGCCGAGAAGUGGAGUCUUGGUGAGCCAGCCCCUGUUCUCGUGGGCGAGCUGUGGGCUCUGUGCCCCCUGGGCAGGUUGAGAGACAUCCAGCCCUCGCUCACCUCUGCCUGACUGCCGAUUCUGCCCUCAGGUAGCACCCCAGAACUCUUCACAGAAGUGUAUCCGCUCACUCCUGCUGCAUGCAGGAGGCUGAGGCCACAUGGUGACAUUUCUUCCUGACCCGGAGCAAGGGAGACCCGGGGCAGGGAGGCCUUUGGGGUUCCUGGGCCAUGUUCAUGUGAAGGGAUGUGGCAAGCAGGAGAGGAGGGCCAAAUUUGUUGCUUUUUAUGGCAAAUCUAAUUAAAUGACAGAAAUCUCUUCAUGAAA